ACGGCUAGAGAUGUUUGUUAACGUUUCGUACAACAGGUGACAGGCUGCAUAAUUAUAUUAGCGUUGUGUAAUUAAUUACUAAUUGUAUUAAAGUUGUAUAGUUAAUUACCACUUUAAUUGAUGUCUUCUCCUGCACCCAUAUUUUGUUAUUUCUGUGAAUUUUAAGAGCUCUUGAUGCAAAUAAAGUGAUUUUCAUUAUCUCAAUUUUUUGACGUAUUUAUUGCUUACUGGAGAAAUGUCUAUUUUGUAUUGUUAGAAAAAUUCUAAAAAUGAAAUUAUAGGAAGACUGCUGAGUUGUUUUAGUCAUUGUGAUGUAUACUCUCUUAUAUGGACUUUGGAAGUAUUUAUUUCAAAAAGAUGAAUACUUUGUUCUUAUACUUGGAUUAGAUAAUGCUGGAAAAACUACAUUUCUUGAGCAAACAAAAACAAAAUUCUCCAAAAAUUAUAAGGGUUUGAAUCCAACAAAAAUAACUACAACUGUUGGUUUAAACAUUGGCCGCAUUGAUAUGCACGGCGUACGCCUUAAUUUUUGGGAUCUUGGAGGUCAAGAAGAUCUUCAAGUAUUAUGGGAUAAAUAUUAUGCAGAGUGUCAUGCAGUUGUGUAUAUUGUAGAUUCUUCCGAUAUAGAUCGGUUACAAGAAUCCAAGGAGGCUUUUGAUAAAAUGAUUACAAAUCAUGCCCUUAUUGGAGUUCCACUUUUGUUAGUUGCUAACAAGCAAGAUAUUCCUAAAUGUUUGACAGUUAAUAGGAUAAAAGAAGUUUUUCGGGAAAGUAAGCAUCUCAUUGGAAGAAGAGACUGCCAUGUUUUAGCCACUUCAGCAUUACAUGGGGAUGGAGUUCAUGAAGGUAUAGAAUGGGUUGUGCAAUGUGUCAGAAGAAACACUUUAAGACCUCCAAGACGUAAUGAUGAUUCUUAGCACUGGUUGUAGUCAUAGGAAUAUUUACUGUAAAUAAUCUUUAUAUAUCGAUUUUAUCAUAUAUAUUCCUUUUACUAAUUUAUAUUUUCAUCUGUAAAAUAAAUAACAUUUAAACAUCCAUGUUAAUGUUUUGAGAUGCUUGUAAAUCAAGUGGAUUGAAAUCUUGAGACAACUGAAUUUCCAAUUUGCUUGAAAUAAAAAUUAAUUUUUUCAGUA